UGGUGGUUUUGUAUAUAAAAGCGAUUUCCUUCUUGGUUCUAGUUAUCAGUUGCCUGCAACACAGCGAGUCGUUAAGACGUUUACAACUAAAUAAUUUACAAACCAAACCCCCCAAAACAAAAACUUUAAACCUAGAAAUGGCUUUCUUCAAAUCCUUGAUCUGCUUGGCUGUCGUUGGUGUAGCCACAGCUGGUGUCUUACAUGGUGCUCACGGUGGUCCUGGCCUGUAUGCUGGUGCUCCAGCUGUCUAUGCUGGUCAUGGCCAUGGCCAUCCCGACGAAGGUUUAGAUUAUCAUGCCUACCCCAAAUAUCACUACAACUACGGUGUUGCCGACUCACAUACCGGUGAUGUGAAAUCCCAACACGAAGUACGUGACGGUGAUGUUGUCAAGGGCUCCUACUCCUUGGUUGAACCUGACGGUUCAGUGCGCACCGUUGAGUACACCGCCGAUGAUCAUAACGGUUUCAAUGCCGUUGUCCACAAGACCGCACCCACUGUCCAUGCUGUUGCCGCCCAUGCUGCCCCAGCUGUGGUACAUGCUGCUCCUGCCGCUCCCGCCUAUCAUGCUGGUCCAGCUGUGUAUGCUCAUGCCGCCCCUGCUGUUGCCCAUCAUGUUGCUGCCGCUCCCGCCGUACCAUAUGCCUCGGUAGCGCAUCACGCUCCCGCCGCCAUUGCUGUCGGUCAUGGUUAUGCUGGUUACGGACACGGUGCUCAUGGUCAUUCUAAAAACGAUUACAUAUUUUGUAAAAGAGUUCAACGACUAAAAAAUAAAUCACAACAAAAAAUGUCCCCCAUCAGCAAAAUCGUUAUCCUUUCUAUGGUGCUAAGUGCUUCCAUGGUUAAUGCACGACCAGGUUAUGCGGUUGAUUAUUAUGAUCAUCCCAAAUAUGCCUUCAAUUAUGGUGUUGCUGAUCACACAACUGGUGAUGUCAAAUCGCAGCAUGAAACGCGUGACGGUGAUGUAGUUAAAGGUCAAUAUUCUCUGGUAGAGCCCGAUGGUUCCAUACGUACCGUCGACUACACUGCCGAUUCGAUAAAUGGUUUCAAUGCUGUUGUAACCAAAUCAGGACCCACCGUUCAUGCCCAGGCUGUUGUGGCCAAGCCAGUGGCUGCGGUAGCUCCAGUGGCCCAUGUGGCCCCAGUUGCGGUUGCUGCCAAGCCUGUGGUGGCCUAUCAACCAGCCUACAAACAUGUGGCCCAAGCGCCCGUGUAUGUGGCACCUGCACCUGCUCCAUAUGAUGCAGGCAUUGACACAUAUCGAAUGUUGAAGCUUUUCCGUCGCCAUGCCAACUAUUUCAAUGGCCAGAGUCUGAAAUUACGACCCGAGGAAGAUCGCCACGAAGAAUACGAUGAUUAUUCGGAAGAUUAUCGGGAUUAUUGAAAAUCCAAUGUCGAUUAUUGGAAUUUUUCAAAACGAUUUGAAAAAAAAAAACGAGAGUG